GAAGUGUCGCAAUUUUCCCAGGUCCUCGAUCCAUCAACCUGAACACUUUUUCCAGUCAUUAAAGCUAAUCGUUGAACGAUCAAACACUCGCAGACAUACCGCGCACACGCCGAAAAUGCCUCAGUACAAGGAAGGUGAUCAAGUUCGAUACAAGCCUGUCGGCGGCAAGCACGCCCCCUGCCGGCCCAUCCUGGUCCUCACGUCCGGCGACCAGAAAAGGCAGAAGGACUAUGAGCACGUUAUCGCCACCUCCAACCUCCUCUUCCGCUUCUCUCGGCCCGAGUGCGCCGUCCAGCCCGGAAACACAGCCCAGGUGCAGGACGUGAUUCGCGAAGCUAGGAAGUUGGGGCUCAAGGUCACCAUCAAGUGCAAUGGGCACUCGUACGCCGGCUAUUCGACCGCCCAUGAAUUCAUUUCCCUAGACUUGCGCCGCAUGACCAAGGUGUCUCUGGAUAUGGGUAAAAGCUUGGCCACUGUCGACGCUGGGUGCCAGUGGGGACAUGUACACGGCAGUCUAAUCAACGGGCGACACAACGGGGACAUCGUUGUCGGGGCCGCUGCCCAACGGUGGGGGAGGCGACGGGUUAUGACAGCAGAUGGGGAGGUCGUGACGGUUGAGAAGGACGACGACUCCAUGUCAGGGAAUAGCCGGCUGUUCUGGGGACUUCGAGGAGCCGGGGCCUGUAAAUUUGGUGUAGCGGUGGAAAUGAAGCUGAAGGCGCAGAAACUCGCGAACAAGAACGGGAAAGUAGUCGCCGGAAGGAAGAUGACCAUCGGCAGUACGUGGACCUGCGACCUGCGUCAGCCUGAGGCGACGCAACGCGGGGUGAGGUUCACGCUUACUUUUGACGGGAGCGAGCGCGAGUACCACAAAUGGAUCAACGACUCUACCAAGCACAUGAAACUCAAACGUCAGCUGAAGCGGCGCGCAUUGGAAGAGCAGUUGACGAGGUUUUGGUACGAAAUGCUGGUGGCCCAGUGGCUUGAGGAAACUGAGCGGGUGUACCCGAGCGACAAGACCUACGAGCUCUACAGCUCUUUCGUCUUCACCAACGGAAGCAAGGACAAGUUCCAUAAGAUCACCUCCACCAUCCGCCGCCUGAUGGAAAGAUUUAGGUUUCGCUUCAAGGAGGAACAGGUCAACUUUCUCAUCACUUGGACCCAUACCGGCGGCAGAGCGACCGAUAUAAUGGAGCCCUCGGAGUCGGCGUACUUUUGGCGCGAAGCAGUCUACCACACCUACGUCACGAUCGAGUGGGUGGACAAGUGGAUGGAGGGGGAUAUGGAGCCUUCCUGCGCGAGGAGAGUUAAGAAGAUGUGGGACAAGGACGAUUUCUCAAGUGGGAUCAGGGUGUGGAGCUGCCGGGACGAGGUGAGGGUGGCGACUCGGAACUUGAACGAGGAGGACGAGGAGGACAAAACCGAUCGGCUGGCAAGCGAGCAGGGGAAACACUUCCGGACGAACAACUGGAACACACAAAGAGGACACUCGGGGAGUUGA